AUGCAGCUCAUCAAGCAGAAAUUGCUCAAAUUUUGGGAUGAAGGAUGGCUGGUAGGAUUCAUCUCUAAACAAGACGCAUCACAAUCUAUGAUGCUGUCCAGCCAUCCCACGUUCCUUCUUCGCUUCAGCGAUACCCAAACUGGAGCUGUGAGCAUAGGAUUUGUUUGUGAAGAUGAUGAUGGCCAAAAAGUACCGUUUCACCUUGCACCCUUCUCGAUCAAAGACCUUGAUCAGCUCUCCCUAGCUCAACGUAUAGCCAGCUGCCCUCAACUGAAGGAAAUAAAGUAUCUGUAUCCUCACAUGGAUAAAGAGGAGAUGUUGCGCUACUUUGACAGUGAAGAAAGAAAUCGUGGAGGUCCAGACAGUCCCACUGGUUAUAUACAGUCUGAGAUUGUAAUGGUUGCGAAAACGAGCAAGUAUGUUGUUUGCUGCAACCUCAAAAAGUUCGAUGUGUACUACAAAGCAUCUUCUGCAUCGGUGUUCAGUGGCGGUGAUUCACCAUCGCCACUUUCGGUACAGUCAAAACUCGAUUGGUCACCCGGUGAGGUGAUUCAGCCAAUCCAAUCAAUGGACAUCGGUGACGAUCUUGCAUCGAUGCUAUCCUCUUCUGCUUUGGAUGGAUGUAGUAGUCAAGGAGAUGUAGAGUCUCUAUUGGGGCCUGGAUUUCGCCCACAACUGCCCUCACAACCGCUUCAGCAAGUAGAUCUCUCCUUUGUAGACUCAUACAAUAAUCCCGCCUUUUAUCAUCAUGAUUAA